AUGAGCCUCUCACUCAAACACAUCCCCUGCCCGGCAGGCAAUAGAUGCACCGCUUUCCAGUGUAUAUUCGGCCACGAAAAGGACAACAUUAAGAUCGAUGAAGAGAGCGUUAGCGAGCUAGUAAAAGAUGAGGCAUUGCCACCUUCAAAUCAAGAUCGUCCUAGCAAGCGUUUAAAGGUUGAUGCAGAGAAACCUUCUCUUUCAUCACAAACUGGUGUAGCCUCUAAUGCUCGGACGGGGCCAAAGCCAGCAGAGAAUCAGAAACAAAGCUUGUUACAAAGCGUUACGCGUCCAAUCUCGCCUCCUCCACUCAAGAGAAAGGCCACUGCUUCAACUCAGAGCGCAAACGCUGCCACCGCAAAGAAUCAGCAGCCAACCACGAAGCCAAGUGCUUCCACCUCCAAGGCGGCUGCACCAGCUAAACCAAAGAAGGCUGAGUCUCUCAACCCUCGACUUCUCAAAAGCUCUCCGGCAAGCCAUGAAAUACGAUUAAAGCUUCUGAGGCUUCUCCACCAGGAAUUCAAGCGCCUAAACGAGGAACUGAGGAAGACUGUAAACGACCAAGAGCAGAAGCUCCUUUUAUUAGACCAAGAUCUAAUUAUCAGAGCCCUGGACGAAGAGCAAGCUUGCGCCAUUGAAAAGCCAGCCGUGUAUUCCAACGUCAUGAAGAACAAAGUCAUGCAGUACAAGCGCAUGACUGCGGCUCAGUGGAAAGAAGCCAGAGUUAAGGAGAAGCAGGAAGCUCAAAAGAAGCUUCAAAAAGACAACGAGAUUGAUGGAGAGCCUAGAAAGAUUGAGACUGGUCUCACGCCCGCACAGGAAGUCGAGUUGCUAAAACGUAUCCUUACACCACUCGAUAACAUGGCAAAUCACGGUUAUGUCCCUGCAGUUCCGACACAAGAACAAAUUAAGUCGGCUCGGGAUGGUAUGGAGGCAGCCAAGGGAUGGGAGAAGUGUGACCGCUGCCAGCAACGAUUUCAAGUCUUUCCUGGACGGAGAGAGGAGGACGGUGCCCUUACAACAGGAGGAGCAUGCAAUUUCCAUUGGGGCAAAACCUAUGUUCCAAGCAAGGCACCCGGUGAUAAAACAAGGGUACCCAAACGAUACCAUUGCUGCGGUCAAGAAGUUGGCGAGUCGGCCGGAUGCUUUACCCAUGAGCAUCAUGUCUUCAAGGCGAGCGAUGCGAAAAGACUAGCCGCUGUUCUGAACUUCGCUGAGACGCCGGAGAAUCCCCUGACGCCAACGGACAGAGCCGUCUGUUUUGACUGUGAAAUGUGCUAUACGGUCCAUGGGCUCGAAUUGGUACGCUUGACAGCUACCUCAUGGCCUACGGGAGAGGACUUGCUGGAUGUUUUGGUCCAGCCUCUGGGCGAAAUCCUGGAUCUCAACUCCCGCUUUUCUGGUGUCUGGCCAGAUGAUCUUGCCGCAGCGGAAUCGUGGUCCGUCAACGACGAUCUCAAGCCAGCUAAGGACGGCAGUGAGACGGGAAGUGAGGACGGCGAGCUGAAAGCUAAGAAGAAGAAGCUCAAGAUCGUAUCUUCCCCCGAAGUCGCGCGAGAUCUCCUGUUCUCGCUCAUAUCGCCUACGACGCCCCUCAUUGGUCACGGCUUGGAAAACGAUCUUAAUGCUGUGCGCAUCGUUCACCCGACCAUUAUCGACUCUGUCCUGCUUUAUCCGCACAAGAUGGGCUUGCCAUACCGCCAUGGUUUAAAGACGCUGAUGAAUGUCCACAUGAACCGCAAGAUCCAGCAAGACACGGGUCCAAAGAUGCUGGGCCACGAUUCUGGUGAAGAUGCCAGGGCGGCUGGGGAUUUGGUUCGCCUGCGAGUCAUGGAUGUGUGGAAUGAUAUGAAGAGGGUUGGCUGGAAGGUUGUCGACGGCGAAUUUACGCCUCCUGAGGGCGAAGGGGGCGGCUUGACAGAAGCUUUUAUCGAGGGACGCAAUAACAAUUUCAAGUUGGCUUAA